UCUUUUUCUGCUCUCCUUUUUUUUUUCUUUUCGAACUUUUUGCGCCUCAUUUUAUUUUCUGUGGUCAUGAUCCUUUAAAAACCUCCCGGCUGUCUGCUGUCACUCUUUGAUUAUUCUCUCGUCGAUUCCCUGUCCAUAUAAUCAGGGUCAGUCCCUUCCUGCUCUCCUCUUUCUUCCUGAACCUCCGACCUGGCGCAUCGUUGUUUGCCAUACCCCUCUCGUACCUGGGCUGGUUUCCAUGUUGGUGCGAGUGACCAUAGCAGCCGACCACGCGGCUGCUUCGCUGUGCGAAAACCAUGGAGAGACCUCGAAACAUUGAAGACUUGGCAGACGAGUUGAUCAGUGAUAUACUUUCGUACCUUUUGGGUUCAGACAAUCUAUCUCCCGAGCCCUCCCCGACAACUCCGCAAGGCUCGUCUCGCGACUCCGACAAUGGCACGGCUCAUGCCUUCGGUGAAAAGUCCGAGUUGGAUCGAUUCAGACUCGUCUGCAGAAGAUUCAAGCGCAUCGGUACACCCCGGAAAUUCACCAGUUUUGUACUCCGGUUUUCAUCCGACGAAUUCCGAAGGUUGGAGGACCUUCUGAACAUGCAGCUAGCCUGUCAUGUCAGAUAUUUCACGUACAUGGUGCGACCCUUCUACCAAGGAAGCGGUUGGUCCCACAUCCUGGAUGGGGUCGAUGUAGAUAACCUUCCCGUUUCAUCCAUCCACCGGCGUCGGCUCGAUGAUCAAAAAUACAUACUCGAUUCAAACCUUGAUCUCCGUUUAUUGCGACGGGCGAUAGCAGCUUUUUCUUCCCUACAACAAGUCAAACUCCUCCGGUUGCAAGAUGGAGCAGACGAACAAUUGCUAGACCACAUACGCGAACGCUCGUUGGGAAGAACAACGCGUCUGGAUUGGGAACCCGCCUGCACCAGAGCUGUCACCAGCCUGAGCAUCUCGUUACUAGAGUCCAACUGUAACUCAGUGAGAUUUGUCGGGCCGCAGAUCAGCCCGGAAGCAACCGUGAGAUUGCUGCAAGCUCCAUCCACCAGCCUUUCCGCACUGGGCGCACGACUGGCGAGCUUGGAUGUUACUUUUCACUCCGCAGCCAAGCUAUCCACAUACAUGGAGACGCUGUCCAACGUCUUCCAUGACUUCUUUCUAGCUGCCAAAAAUCUCACGACCAUUCAUUUAGGCUUCCCUACCAAUGCACCACUGGACCUCGCGUUAGAACAAAUUUUCCACCACGUCCAGUGGAAGAGACUCCGGACCCUCAGUAUCCAAGGCUGGCGCCUCGGCUCGGAAGAAAUCAUCGCCUUCAUCCGUCGGCACAGGCGCCAGCUUCGCAACGUCCGACUAGCCAACGUCUAUCUCCGCCCCGGUGGACGAUGGCGCGACGUUCUUACCGUCUUACAUGACGAAAUGGACCUCCUUGAACGCAUAGACCUGCGUGGAAUCGACUACACCAGCCAUUUCGACGCCAACUCCAAUGCCCACCACCACGCUGACGCUGCCGGACCCGGUGCCGGCAGUUCUCAAACGCCGACACUUGCCAUCGUCGUACAACCCACGCCCGACAUGGCCCCGCACAAGGCCUUCCUCAACAUGGACUACUCAAACAGUAGCCCACCAGGCAAAACCCGCCGCUCCUUUUCCGAUGCCACGCUUGAACAGCUGCGCGGACACACAGCCGACGUGUUAGGAGACAAUGAAGAGUGCGGAUAUGGAACAUUAGUCGCAUUCAAGCCGUAA